AUCACGGAGUCCCUGAAAGCCACACUGGGCUUGGACGACAGCCCUCCGUGCCCGUGCGUAAUCGCGGCCGGCGGCGACGGCGACAGCGGAGGACACCUGGACUCCUGCUGCUGCCCCCCGCCCGCCCCCAUCUCCAUCCUGGACCUGAAGGAGCGCUUCUCCAUCCUGAGCCCCUUCCAGAACCAGAACCAGGGAACGGGAGGGCUGCUGUCCUCCUCCCAGGAGCGGGAGAUGGGCAUCGGAGGGAGCUUCGCAGGAUUUGAUCUGUUCGGCGUGGAGAGGAAGAUGAGGAAACCGGUGGCGCGCAAUAAGCAGGAGCCCAAGAUCUGCGUCUUCUGUCGGAAUAACGGCGCGCCGGAGGAGGUGUACGGCUCGCACGUCCUGAAAACCCCGGAUGGGAGGGUGGUGUGCCCGAUCCUGCGGGCGUACACAUGCCCCCUAUGCAGUGCCAACGGGGACAACGCGCAUACUAUAAAAUACUGCCCUCUCUCCAAAGACCAGCCUGCCCAGAGAGUGCUGAGGGGAGGCAGAGCUGUGGGUGGUAAGCGAGUGAAAAUCUUCUAAAAAGACUCCUAUAGACUUACAUGUAUUGCACUGAACAAUUUCUUUCAGAUGACUGUUCUGAUUGACUGGCUUUCCGAGACUUAACUACUAGGCAAACAAAUAAGAUGAUAUCAAUGUUUUGUUAAACGAAAAAAAAAAAUCUUAUAUUUUUAUAGAUACUUUAUUUCCAUAGUUUAUUGCAUACUUUAUUCAUGAAAAGCUUUUUUUUUUUCCUUUUCACGCAUAGGUUUUAGAUGUUUAUUUACGAUUCAUAGUCACGUUUUGUGUGUUCAACUCAAGUAUUUUCUUUACUGUAAGCUAAGCUUGCACCUCGUUUUUGUCUUUAAACCAAAGUUUAUUUAGCCAUUAAGCGAUUUUAAAGAAUGUUCCACAUGUCUGCAUUUAUUAACUAUAGUCCCAUUCCGCUCUCUCUUGAAAGUCCACUCCGCAAUUUCCUGACAUUUGCCAGCACGGACGCUGAGCAACACAAUAGAGGCUCUGUUGCGCGUUCAUGUUGUCAGCAUAACUUCAUAAUCGGCCAAAUUAUUUCCAACCCCACUAACAGAGCUGGGCAUUUUACAUUGCAGGGUCCAUGUUACAGAUGUUACAUUACUAAUAUUAAGUACAUUUCCAGCAGCUCCAUAAAGCAGUGUUGCUUAUUAGUGCGUAGCAUGAACGCUGUAAUGUAGUGUGACCGCAGGCUAUUCUUCUGUAUGAGGUGCCCUUUCAAUGUUUACACCCCUAGUAAGGGGAACACACACUGGAGGGG